AUGCAUCUCUUCAUUCUAGGAGCGACGGGGCGAACGGGUGUCUAUGGGUAUAAGUAUGCACUAGAACGAGGUUUCUCAGUCACCAUUCUUGCCCGCAAUACCCAAGGAAUAGAGCCACAUGCUAGACUCACCAUCGUCGAGGGCUCUUGUCUGUCCAACGAGGAUAUGCAACGUGCUUUCAAAGCUGCUGGUGUCACCGUUGAUGCGGUUCUCGUAUUUCUCAGUGCCCAGCGUGUUGGUCAAAACCCCUGGGGAAAAUUCAUUGGGCCACCCCGCCUGAUUGCAGACUCAACCAGCAAUGCUGCUCGAGCUCUGCGCGCACAGAAGCAGCAGCUAGAUGGACGCAAGCCACGCUUGGUUGUGAUGAACGCCCUUGGCGCUGGCGAAAGCUACUCCGUCACCCCUUACCUUAUUCGUUUCAUGAUAAACUAUAGCAACGUGUCCAAAUCCUAUGUGGAUCAUAAUGCGGUUUACAAUGAGAUCGAGGCAAACUGUGGAGAUGAAGUGCUAUGGACACUUCCAUUACCGGUGGGGCUCAAAGAAAGUGGUCAGAAACUCGUGAAAACCUUCGACAGCACUGAGCCAGGAGCUGGUUUAUUCAUCACUCGUGAAAGCUGUGCGAGAUGGAUGGUAGAUGUGGCGUCAGGGAAGGAAGGAGAUAAAUUCGACAACAAAAAGGUCAUUGUAUCAAAUUAA